GGUUGGUUCAAGCAACAUUGAAAGAUUUAACCAAAAAAAAUCAUGCUCGUAUGUCCGACACACAUGCGAAUACGUUAAUCCUAUUGGGUUUUUUAUCAUUACCUAUUUUCAAUAUGUAGAUCUUUGAAAAUUUCAGUUUUUGUUAUGUAAUAUUUUCUGUUAUCCAAGUUCAAAAUGACUCGUCAUAUGUGGUGAUAUUUUCGAAGUUAAAAUGACCAAUACAAUCGGAUUUAUAAUUAAUUGGUGUGUUUAUUUGUUACUCAUAUUGAACUUUAAUCUAUACGAGUCCAAAAUAUGUGACAAAUUGAACGCUGUGAAUGUCGAUCUGCUAUGUUCCUACAGACAGAAAAACAUUCCAUGUGACGAAGACUCAUUGUUACUCUCAGGUACCACGGUCAGAGCAACAUGUAAGAAGUCGCAUAUACACUCGUAUUACAGUUCAUCUGCAGCACGUACAACGGUUAGAUGCAAAGACGAUGGAAAAUGGGAUUACUCACUAACUUCUUGCGUUCCUGAAUGUGGACAACCAUACAGAAGACCUCAACCUUUAAUUGUUGGUGGACAUAUUGUAAGCAUUGAGGAUUAUCCAUGGCACGUAGCCAUUUACAACAAAGAGAAGAUUUUGAUUUGCAGUGGCACUAUCGUAGCUCCUCAAUUAGUAAUAUCAGCUGCUCAUUGCUUUUAUAAUGAUACAACAAUUGAUAAUAACCUUACUCCUGAUAUUGACAAUUACGAGAUUGUUGUAAGCAAAUUCACAAGAACUUACGCAAAAGUGGAUAAUAAAAACCAGAAAGUUUACAAGAUAGUAGACAUCCGUAUGAAUCCAAAUAAAAAGUUUUUUGGAUACAUUACCAAUUUUGGAUCUGACAUAGUGCUUCUGAUACUGAAUGAGAAAAUCAAUGCUGGCCAAGCAGUUAUACCGGCUUGUAUCGAUGAUAGAGCUAUAAAAGAUGGCGAAUAUCUUGUAGAAAAUGCACUGGGAAAAGUGGUAGGAUGGGGAUUAGAUGAUAAGGACGAAUAUACUGAAAAACUUAUGGCCACUGAUCUGCCAUUCAUCAGUCGUAGCCGUUGCGUUAACAUAGUUCCAAAUGAUUUCAAACCAUACAUAACAAAUGAUAAAUUUUGCGCUGGUUCUGAGACAGGCCCCGGUGUACGUCAAGGCGAUAGUGGUGGCGGUCUCUUGUUCAAAAAAAAUGAUAUUUAUUACCUUCGAGGUAUCGUUAGCUUAAAACAGCCUUCACUGACUGGCAUUGCAGCAUUCACCGACAUAGCUGACCACGUUGACUGGAUUACGUCAGUACGCAAAGAACUUGAACAGCAGCCAUUCAAAACAGCAUUUUUAGGUUUAGAAGCUUCUUACAAAAAAAUGAAAGCAACCGGGCAAGAAGAUGUGAUCAAAUUAUACGACCUCAGCGAACGUGUGGAAAAAGAAAUUAUCAACCAGGAAAACACCACUCGAGCUUUGAAAAUCCAGGCGCAGUCGUUAUUCAACACGUUGAGGGAUACGAUGGAGACAAUAGCUGUAGAAAAAUUGACAAAAGCAUUUCAAGACGAUACUGUGACAGACAUACAAAAACUCUGUACUGAAUUUAUCGACAAAUGUUAUUCGUGUUUUCAUCAAGUUAUGGAAAAGGUGAUAAGCAGUCUUUGGGCUACUGUAAGCAUUGAAGAUAUAACUGCUCGGGGACGUAAAGGAUUCUGGGGUAUACACGAGCUUAUAUCAAUGUUUCAAGCUAUGUACAAUGAAUUAGAAAAAAAAGGUAAUACAAACACAGUUGUUGGAACCAGAUUGUUAAACCUUAUCGAACCAGUUUUGAAAUACAAGAAUUAUCCGAAAGUUAGAUCUGAUCUAAAAACAUCCAUGGAAACUAUUGUCAGCAAGCUACCCAAACCAACCACAACGGCAGCUCCGACAACAACAACGACAAGAACCACAACAACGCCCAAACCUACCACAACGGCAGCUCCAGUAACAUCAAAAACAACAAUAAGAACGUCAACAACGACAGUAGCAAACGGGGAGGAUUCUUCAAAUGAUGAAUUUCAACAGCAAUUGCAAGAAGCGUUUGGCAUUUUGAAAAACAGUGAUUCUAUUAAAGGUAGUAGUUUGGGAAAUAGCGACAUUUUCAAAAAUAGCCAAAUUCUUGAUUUGGGAAAAAGUGAUAUUUUCAAAAAUGGUAACAUCACCAUCAGCGGUACCAAAAAUGUUUCAUUAUUGAAGAAAAUCUGUACUAUAAAUUACACUACCGAUAAAAAUGGCAAAAAAACAAGUUCUGAGAACUGCAAGACUGAGACUUCACAAUCAAAUAAGUAGCGAACUUACCCAAGACUAGUAGUGAACGUGAAAUUUUCCUCCAAAUAACCAAUCAAGUCCAUAAUUAUCAACUUUUCAUUUUCAUUAAGAGUGUUCCUGUUUAAAGCAAACAAAACAAAAUAAAUUGAAUUAAAAACAAAUCAUUAUAUCUAGUUCAUUAUGAGGAUUCGGCGUGAAGAAUCUACCAAGUCCAACAUUUUUUCCAAUUGAGUUAUGCUAAAAAUUAGAUCUGAUCUGUCUCAAAUUUGGUGAAAACACAACCAGAUUCACAAAAAAAAAAAAAAAAUGAUUACC